GUGUUGUUUCGCCCUUCUGUAUGGAAACAUGGCUCGCGAGUAUGACCACCUGUUCAAACUCCUAAUCAUAGGAGACAGCGGUGUAGGAAAAAGCAGUUUGUUGCUACGGUUUUCCGAUAAUACCUUUUCAGGUACAUAUAUAACAACAAUAGGAGUAGACUUUAAAAUUAGAACUGUGGAUGUUAAUGGAGAAAAAGUCAAACUACAGAUCUGGGACACAGCUGGCCAGGAACGAUUCCGCACCAUCACAUCAACGUACUACCGGGGAACCCAUGGUGUCAUAGUUGUGUAUGAUGUUUCCAGUGGAGAGUCAUUUGCGAAUGUAAAACGUUGGCUGCAUGAAAUCGACCAAAAUUGUGAUGUAGUGAACAGAAUUUUAGUGGGAAACAAAGAUGAUGACCCAGAUAGGAAGGUUGUCCUGACUGCAGAUGCCCAGAGAUUUGCAGAACAAAUGGGGAUACAGCUAUUUGAAACGAGUGCCAAAGAAAAUACUAAUGUAGAGGAGAUGUUUAUUGGUAUCACAAAACUAGUGUUAGUAACCAAGAAAGAACAAAUGAAGAAAGCUGCAGAUCAACCACAGGAAGAUAGAGGGGGCAUCCAUUUGACACGAGGAGGAGGCAACUUAAAGAAAAAGAAGUGCUGUUAGACCUUAACGUUUUUUGUAUGUGAUGCUUAUUAUAAAGAAUUAAACCAUCAUUAUUCUUGUCCAGGAUAGAAAAUGAUUUAAAAUCUACAUGUUAUAAUUAAAAAUUAAUAAUGUUUAAAUUUUAAAGUUGUCAUUGAUGUUGCUCUUGAAAGGGAAAAUUAUUACUUCAGGGGUUUUCUCUUAAAGUUUUUAUUAGGUAUAUUGUUGAUUAGUUUUAGCCAUGUCUUAAAGUGCCACGCCAUGAAUUAUUUUCAUGUGAGGCAGUGUGAAAAAAACAAAGACACACACGUAAAAUAGUGCUACUAGAUACAGGGAGUCUGGCCUGAUUUUCUCUGCUGUGUCAAUAGUUUUGUCACACAUGUCCUGGACAUUUCAAGUCUUGUAAGAUUUUCUCUGCUGUGUCAAUAGUUUUGUCACACAGGUCCUGGAUAUUUCAAAUCUGGCCAGAUUUUCUCUGCUGUGUCAAUAGUUUUGUCACACAGGUCCUGGACAUUUCAAAUCUGGUCAGAUUCUCUCUCCUGUGCCAAUGGUUAUGUCACACAGGUCCUGGACAUUUCAAGUCUUGUAAGAUUUUCUCUGCUGUGUCAAUAGUUUUGUCACACAUGUCCUGGACAUUUCAAGUCUUGUAAGAUUUUCUCUGCUGUGCCAAUAGUUUUGUCACACAGGUCCUGGAUAUUUCAAAUCUGGCCAGAUUCUCUCUGUCGUGUUGAUUGUCUUAUGACACAUAAAUCCUGGACAUUUUUGGUUUUUGUAUGUAAGAUAAUGAAUGGACAAGAGAGAUGUUGUACUAGUACUAUAUUUAAAAUAUUGAAUGUAGGAAAUUAAAAAAAAAUGAUUGAAUUUGUAAAUAUAUAUGUAUAGAUAUAUACAUUGUAUAUUUCUGUAUCUGUGACAUGAUGUGAAAUUAGUUGUGUUGUAUAGAUAUAUAUGAGACGUUGAUGAUACAGAAAACUCAGUGGAGGACGACAGCUUGCUUUAUACUCUAAUGUGAAACUGUGUAGGUACGAUAUAUUACAAUGCAAGCUUCAGUGAAUGCAGAGCUGUAUAUAAUUAUUGAUGAAGAGAAAUUAAAUAUGAUAAAUUAAUGUUUUAGGUUAAUGAUAAGACAGACCAGACAUAGAUAAUAUUUGUAAUACGCACGAAUUGAAAGAAAUCUGUAGCACAACAUGCGACUUUUUGGGAUUUGAAUUAACUUAAUUAAUGUUAUACAGCACUUUUUCCACUGUUCUCAUGCAUGAAUGGUUGUAUUUGUGUUUAUUUGUGCAUAAGGGGGAAAAAUCAGGGAAAACCAGCUAUGUUGCAUAGGUGGCAUUGAACAAGACAAUAUCAAUAAAGUUUUUGUCACAGUUUUUUUUUAAUUGAUGAAAUUUUUUUUAUACAAAAAUGUUUCACAGGAAAAGAAUAUCGGCAUUGAUAUAGACUUUUCAGUACACAGGUCCUGGUAUCUUGUAGUAUUAUUGUUUGUAUAGUGUAAUAAGCCAAAAUAGUGAAGUAAAAAAAUCAAAACAAUUAUUUUUCCUUAUAUGAAAUAAAAUAUUAACAAUAUUAUGUAGGUCUAAAAUUACGGAUAAACGUCUGGAAAUUUUAAUUUUCAACAAACAACUGUUUUAAAGUACAUGUGCAUGGAUUGAGAACCACUAUAGUGUAAUCACAUGAUGUAUGUAGUUGUUUUUAUGAAGAAAUUGAGUGGUUUAUGGUUUUUUGUCUUCCUGAAUAUAACAUGUGAGUUACCAUGGUAACACCAUCCUGCUUUGUUUCGUUGUUUUUACCGUUUGUUUGAUGUGUUUUUUGGGAGUACUCACUAAGUAUUAUACUGAGAAAAGAAACACUAACUUAAAGUACUGUUGUUUUCAUUUUCAGACUAAUCUUUUUUCACUAAUACAAGAUUUUCUUCGAUGAAGUUUUGAUUUUGAUUAAACUGCUCCCCACAAGGAUAAGGUCCCAGUUUAUAAGAUAUAUAUAUAUCAUUGUUAUAUAAGCACUAUUUCCUAGAUAAUUUUUUUUUUUUUUAUGAUUUUUUUUAAAACUCAUUGUGUUGCUUAUCCUGAAAAGUUCUAUAAGGAUUACAUCUAGUGAUCCUGCAAUUUUAUGUCUAAUUCGUCACCCAGUCAUGUUAGGACUGUACAAGCUAUACUUAAUAGGGACAGCCUCCUGCUGUUGUACAUUUUGCUAUACUAUAGAAAAGCAUUUGCUUUUUCCAUGUUUUUUUACCUUGGUAUGGAUCAUCUUUUCAUUUACACAUAUUUUUUUUCAACAAAUAAGAUUUUUUUUCAGAUGAUUUUUGGAAUAGAGUUUCUCAUCUGCAUGAAAUUUACAUCACAUUCCUUCAAUGAUAAACCAAAUUGCAGGGUUUAACAGUCCUGCUGUGAUAUUUUCUGUUGUAUAAAGAAAAGCAUUCAAAAAGAGGAAUACAUACCCUACAUGAGAAAUAUCUUGAUUGUUAAAAUUCUUCUUUAACAACAGAUUACAUGAUGAUGUAGUAUCAUGUCUCGCUGAAAUUCUAAAAAAAGAAUUACUUUUUAAAGUUUUAUUACUAGAAUCUGUCCAGUUUUAUAAGAUAAAUACUCGUUUAGUGGAGAAUCACUGUAGACUGUAUAUAUGCCUUUAGUUUAAUUAUUUAACAGGGGAUGGCUGGGCUAUACCUUAAGUCUUCUAUGUACAAUAUGUAUAUUUAUAUAGUUAUUACAUAGUUAUUACAUGUAUCCAGCAUCGAUAUCCGUAGCUUUUGACCUUCAACAACAUUUCUAAUUAAUGAUAGCCUACCUAUAGCUUUUGACCUUCAACAACAAUUCCAAUUAAUGCUAGUCUACCCAUAGCUUUGGUCGUAAGCAGCAUUUUCCACAAAUGCUUUUUCAUUGUUCUGUAAUAAGCCCACCCCCUGACAUUGUACAGAUGUAAUGUCUUUGCCUCCUCUGGGCUUAUUGCAGGAAGAAUAUGGCACAGGCAUUGAUGUAUCAAAUUGUAACUGUAAUAAAUACAAGGUUUUUACCUAAGUGGGACCUUUCUCAAAUGUUUGAUGACAUUGAGAAAGAAACUUGAUUUCAAAUGAUUACCAAAGAUGUUAGGAAGUAAUUGGAAAGAGGAAAAGGCUGGCAUUCCAAUCCAGGGCCUACGAACGCUGUAGUUGGACAUAAAUUGUACUCUUUAGGUACCUGGACAUGAAAAUUUGUCUGAACCAGUCCCACUUUAUAUCAUUAAAUGAUCAUUAUAGAAUUUUGUUGUUACAUAGUAUUCUACACUAGGCUUAUUUUCCCAUCCAUCAACACAAUAUUUGCCCAGAAACACAAUCCAUAUUUCCAGAGCAAUGAAAAUUCAACUAUUAGAAAAAACAAGAAAAAUGAGCAGCAUAUCAUGUAAUAGAGACUUUCCAAAUCGUCUGAUGUGUCACUGCAGGUGAUACAAAGUUAUUAGGGGUUGUUUUAAUUUCUGUAUGCCUGGAAUAUGAUAUCCCUUAAAAUAUUCUUACUAAUAUUUAAAAUUACUUUUGCUCAAAAGACAUUUGACAGAAUGUUUUGUUAAAAAAAGAAAAAUUAAUCUUCUUAAUUAAUAUCCACGAAGAAGAGUUUUAUUGACUUCCGUCUUGUUUGAAACAUGCGUUUCGUUAUUCAUAUAUACAUUAUUUCUCAAUUCUGACAUUAAGUUUCUGUUGAUGAUCCAGUCCAUAGUGGGAGGAGGAUAGCUUUUGUAUAAUAGUGUAGUUUUUUGCUUGUGAUAGUAAGCAGCUUUUUUUUAUGUUAUAAACAGCUGCAUCACGAAAAGCUUCAUCAGCUAGCUGGGAUAAAUCAGAAUAUAAUUUGUUUUCAUUGUAAAUAAUUUGAUAUAUGUAGAAUAAUUUUUAUUGAUUUUCUUUCAAUUGGAAGUAAAUAUUAAAAACAAUAUUUUUAAAUGUAUUUUUGUAUAAAACAUUUUAAUGUAGCUCAGUAAAGCAUUCCUCCAUUAAUGAUAUAUAAGAUAAGUGUGCCCUUUUGUCCUCUCUAAUCUAUGUCUGAUUUUUGUGUGUAUUUAUGUUCACUGUGAUUUAUCUCUAUACAAAGAUUACAAACGGCUUUGUACCCAUCUUACAUGUCAUUUUCUCAGAAAAUCAUGUUGAAAAAUGGACUCAAAGUUUAUAGGAUCAAUUUUCAAAAAUUAAUUUUGAAGUGAAGGUUCACAUGAUAAGGGGAGACAAUUCUAAACAGGACUUGUAAAAACUUCAUAAUUCUGUUGUCUUUGUUGUUUGUUGAUUGGCUGUUAUAAGUCUGUAGAGGUCAGUCAGAAUGCUGUGACCUGUGACUGCAGUAUAUCUAGAGGUCAGUCAGAAUGCUGUGACCUGUGACUCCAGUAUAUCUAGAUGUCAGUCAGAAUUCUGUGACCUAUGACUCUAGUAUAUCUAGAGGUCAGUCAGAAUUCUGUGACCUGUGACUCCAGUAUAUCUAGAGGUCAGUCAGAAUUCUGUGACCUGUGACUCCAGUAUAUCUAGAGGUCAGUCAGAAUUCUGUGGCCUGUGACUCCAGUAUAUCGGUACAGGUCAGUCAGAAUCCUGUGACCUGUGACUCCAGUAUAUCUAGAGGUCAGACAGAAUUCUGUGACCUGUGACUCCAGUAUAUCUAGAGGUCAGUCAGAAUCCUGUGACCUGUGACUCCAGUAUAUCUAGAGGUCAGUCAGAAUCCUGUGACCUGUGACUCCAGUAUAUCUAUGGGUCAGUCAGAACCCUGUGACCUGUGACUCAUCGGUAGUGGUCAGUCAGAACCCUGUGACUCCAGUAUAUUUAGAGGUCAGUCAGAACCCUGUCGGUAGCGGUCAGGAAAGUAAGAGGUAACCAGUAUUCCGUAGUCUCCUAGUUCAGUUCAAACAUAACAGUAAAGCAGAUUUUACAAAAAUGUCCACAAUACAAAGGAAAUGUACACUUAUCAUUUAAGUCCAAAAUGUUGGACCAUCAUAGUCUGAUACAGGGCAAGUAUAUAUAGAUGAGAAUGUAUGUCAUCUUAAACAAUUUCAAUUUACUUUCAUUUUUGCUUGAAAUUAUCAUAAUUGUCUAAUAGUAUGUACCUGUCUUAUGUUUGUAAACAUUAGUGUGUUAGGAUAUCCAUUGAAAUACAAGUGCAAAGUAGAUGUGUCUUGUUUAGUACAAUGUAUCUGUUUAAAUCUGUGUAUAAGAUUGUAAUACAUUGUAUGUACUGUGUUGAAUCUGUGUAGAUUUGUGCAUAACAUUUUAAUACAUUGUAUGUACUGUGUUGAAUCUGUGUAGAUUUGUGCAUAAGAUUGUAAUACAUUGUAUGUACUGUGUUGAAUCUGUGUAGAUUUGUGCAUCAGAUUGUAAUACAUUGUAUGUACUGUGUUGAAUCUGUGUAGAUUUGUGCAUAAGAUUGUAAUACAUUGUAUGUACUGUGUUGAAUCUGUGUAGAU